CGCCGGGAUCCCCUCAGUGCCAGCUCAUCAUUGGGGUAGGGGGAGGCGGGCCUCGUGCCUUCCCUCUUCCUUCUUCCAGAGCGCUGUGUACAUCCACAUGCUCAUCCCGGGCUGUCAGGCUCCGCUCCCUUCUUUCCAAACGCUGCGAGCGCGUGUUAAUUGGCGUUCUGUAUUAUUUAACGGGGUAUCAUUAGCUUAUAUCCGAGAUACGGUGUGUGAGGGAAUUGGAAUUGGAGAUAUCUGUCGGUUGUGGGGGCAGAAAUUGGGAGUAUGAGGGAGAGCAUUGGACAGGAAGUUUGCCUUUCUGUGCGUGUGUAAACAAACAAGCGUGCUCGCCUUUCUCCUUGUGAUUGAGUAAUUCAUUGACUAGAUGGGUGAUGCCUCCUUCUGAAUGAUGUGCCCAUAAAGUGAGAGUAUCUGAGAUCAGGAGUUCCUUUGUUUAUGUUUGCUUACAAACAUGGUGAUGCUUUUGUAGAGAGACUCGUUGAAAGGGAUCCUUUUGGGGUGGUGAUUUGUACUAAGCUCUUUGGCUCGUUUACAAAAGAUGUGAAAAGCUGAGAAGGGAGGAGUUGAACUGGGUCCUUACGGCUUCCUUCUAACUUGGGAUAUUCUGUGGAUGAAAUCCUAGUUUUGCUGCAGAUGCUUUGGGGUGUUGUGUUGUCUGUGUUUUGGAAGUGCUUUUUAUUGGCUGUCACCUUGGAAUCCAGGCAUUGUUACUGUGAGUUAAUGUAAAUACAUAGAAGCAAGAAAGUGAGGAGGCUCUAAAAUCUGCAGCGUGGUGACCAGGUCUGGUGUUCGCUUCCCUUUAAGCAUCACACUUUAAGUCUCCUGAAAGCUCAUGGAAAUGAGCAACUGUGUGCCAGAAAUAUGGCUACGGACUGGCUUGGGAGCAUCGUGUCAAUUAACUGUGGAGAAAGCUUGGGAGUCUACCAAGGGCGAGUGUCUGCAGUGGAUCAGGUCAGCCAGACCAUCUCCCUUACGCGGCCUUUCCACAACGGGGUCAAGUGCCUCGUGCCAGAAGUCACCUUCAGGGCAGGUGACAUCACUGAGCUGAAAAUUCUAGAGAUCCCAGGGCCAGGGGACAGCAGGCAGUGUGGGGACCUGCAGCAGGCAGACACGGGCAUCCCUGGCGUUGGCUGCCAAGUGGGGCCCAGCCAGAAUGGCACAGGGAAGAUGUUGAAGAAGCCCUUCUCCAGCAGUGCCCCACAGAGCAUCCCGAGGAGGACAGACAUGAAGAAUCAGGAUAUUAUCAUCUCCCCCCAGCAGCAGUGCUCCAAGAGCUACAUGGAUCGGCACAUGGAAACCCUGACUCAAUCCAAAGGCUUUCGUCGUAGGCACAAUUCUUGGUCGUCCAGUAGCCGCCAUCCAAACCAGGUGACUCCAAAGAAGAGCGGGCUGAAAAACGGACAGAUGAAGAGCAAAGACGACGAGUGCUUCGGGGAUGACAUCGAUGAAAUCCCAGACACAGAUUUUGAUUUUGAAGGGAACCUGGCCCUUUUUGACAAGGCAGCUGUGUUUGAAGAGAUUGAGACUUACGAGAGGAGGAGCGGCACCCGUUCCCGCGGGACCCCGAACGAGAAGCCAGCUCGCUAUCGGCACGAUGAGAACAUCUUGGAAUCAGAGCCCAUCGUCUACAGACGGAUUGUGGUACCCCAGAAUGCUAAUAAAGAGUUCUGCACGGACUCCGGGCUGGUUGUGCCCAGCGUGUCGUAUGAGCUUCACAAAAAGCUGCUGUCUGUUGCUGAAAAGCAUGGGCUGACCUUGGAACGGAGGCUGGAGAUGACAGGAGUGUGUGCAAGUCAGAUGGCUCUGAGCCUGCUCGGGGGACCCAACAGGCUGAACCCGAAAAACGUGCAUCAGCGGCCCACGGUGGCCCUGCUGUGUGGCCCCCACGUGAAGGGGGCCCAGGGGAUCAGCUGUGGAAGGCACCUCUCCAACCACGAUGUCCACGUCAUCCUUUUCCUGCCCAACUUCGUCAAGAUGCUGGAGUCCAUUACCAACGAGCUGAACCUCUUCAGCAAGACACAAGGCCAGCAGGUGUCCAGCGUCAAAGAUCUCCCCGAUACCCCUGUUGACCUAGUGAUCAACUGCCUGGAUUGUCACGAAAAUGCCUUUUUGAGAGAUCAGCCUUGGUACAAAGCAGUUGUGGACUGGGCCAACCAGAACAGGGCACCCGUCCUCAGCAUAGACCCUCCCAUAAGUGAAAUGGAGCAGGGCAUUGAUGCCAAGUGGUCGCUGGCCUUGGGCCUCCCUUUGCCCCUGGGUGAGAGGGCAGGGCGUGUGUACCUCUGUGACAUUGGCAUUCCCCAGAAGGUCUUUCAGGAAGUGGGAAUAAACUACCACUCACCCUUCGGCUGCAAAUUCGUCAUCCCCCUGCACUCCACUUAGAGCCCAUCCAGCCACGUGGACCUGAAGGAAGAGAGAAGGAGUUCUGUCACAUAAGCUGUCCAGUGGAACCUGACUGGUAAACAGGCAUCGCAAGCCUUAAGGAUGUGAAGUUCUGGAGAGUUUCCUUCCAGAAGAAAUACCAUAUUUAAAAAAAAAAAAAAAAAAGUCAUAAAAUGAAACAAAAAGAAGGAAGCAAAUGUAACUGCAAAGCUGUUUUCAUUCUCUUGUGCCAUUGUAAGAAGGAACACGCAGGAGAGUGGUAUCUGUCCCUAGUAAGGGCAGUAAAUGCUGCCCACACCUGCCAGGGGACUAUUUAACAUAGGGAUGUGCAUGGAAACGUUUCGGUGCAAGCAGUGGGUGGUGUGGAGACUUGGGAUGCAUUUCCCAGUCCUUUUGGGCAGGUAGACCCAGCAAGGUGUCCUGAUGGGAGCAGCACCCCUGGAUUGUGUAGAAAUAAACUAUUUUUUUUUUUUUUUUUCCUGUGGUUGUUGUGAGAGGGUGGAUUUGAUUUUGUUCGUUCUGUUGGAUUCUCCCCCCUGUUCUUUGUUCAUGAAGGCAACAGCAGUUCCAUCCCCUCGAGGAGAGAGUCUGGUCCCCUCAUCAGAAAGCUUGUAUCAGGAGCCAGAAGCUCUCAGGCAGCAUGUGCUCCUGGAGCGCCAACGUCCUCAGGCCUUAUUUGCUCAUGUAUUCUCUUGGCUGUUUGUUUCUUUGUUUGGGGGGAACAAGGUAUGUUACGGUAAAGAACUUUUCCAGAG